UUGUGACUGCAGCCCGAUGGAGACGAACAGAACGGAAUGAAAACAAAGAGCGGCGUCGAGGUGGAGUGUAGGUAAGCAAUUGCAGAAUCGAGUCACACAGAGAAGAGUGGAGCAGGAGUCCCGGUGAGACGAGGACGGCGAGCGACUGUGCUAAGAUUAAAACUGAGAAGAAGGUGGAUUGAACUUCCAAAACAGUCGUCGACUACAGAGGUGUCCAGAGGAAAGGUGCAAGAGAAGAGGUGUGAGGAAGAGUCAUCUUGAAAACGGCAGCCAUGACACAGAGGAGGUCAGUUAAAAUGAUAUAAAGCAGCCUCCUUCCCAGUCUUUAUGGUCAUGUAGUGAGAUGUCUUAUGGCCUCCAGUCCUUGGCUGUCCAUCUGAGGAGGGAAUCCUAGAAGAGAAGAAGCAGACAUUUUGGACGGAGGGAAGUUUUCCACAGAGCGUGGCCUCAGCUGAAGUUGAUGACAUGGAUCAAGGAGCAGCACACAUUAAACAGGAGGACUGUGAGUACGGUGUACCAGAGGUGGUAUGUGUGAAGCUGGAGGAUUGUGAAGGAGGACUUUCGGUUUUUAAAGAGGAGGAGACUGGUGACAUUAAAGUUGAGGAUUCCAAGGAUUUCUCGGUUAGUCUCGAAAUGCAGACGCAUGAAGCUGGGAGCAUUUUCAACCAAGAUGUUUCGGAAGAAUCUCAUUCCAGUUUACCGUCCUGGUUCAGUAAUGAGGAAAAUCUGGCAACCCUGCAGAAUUCCAUCAAAGUGAAAUCUGAGUUCUCUGAAUUUGAAAUGAAAAUCGAUGAAGGAAAUGGGGGAGAAGAAGAAGAGCAGCAAUCAUCUAGGAGUGCAGGAAUAAAUUUCCAAGAGAAUGGUAGUUCCUCUUUGCCUUCAUUUGCUCAGCUGUCUCUUCUGUGCAGACUGCGCCAUAAAUUAGACAAGCAGAAGAUGACGAAAUCAACAAUAGGAUCAGAAAAUUUGACAGCAGCCUCUUUGCAGAGUUGUUCUCCUCCUGUUGUCCAACAAAGAAGGGAAGGAGCUAUCGGCACUGACCAUCAAGUGUGUGAACACCUCAUUCAAAAUGGAGAGAAGCCCUAUUGUUGUUCUGAAUGUGGUAAACAAUUCUCAUUGCUAAGCUAUCUUCAGAGACACAAAAGAAUCCACACUGGAUGGAAGCCCCAUUGUUGUUCUGAAUGUGGCAAACGAUUCUUAGUACCAAGUAAUCUACAGAGGCAUGAAAGAAUCCACACUGGAGAGAAGCCAUUUUCUUGUUCUGAAUGUGGGAAACGAUUUGCUUUCAGUAGCUCUCUUCAGCGUCACACAGUGAUUCACACUGGGGAAAAGUCAUAUUGCUGUUCUGAAUGUGGAAAACAUUUCUCACAACUUGGCCAUCUUCAGAGGCACACAAAAAUCCACACUGGAGAAAAACCUUAUUGCUGUUCAGACUGUGGCAAGCGAUUCUCUGACGGCAGCAGUUUUCGACUGCAUACACAAAUUCAUGCUGGAAUGCAACUAUAUAGCUGUUCUGAAUGUGGUAAACGAUUCUCAAAAGUAAGCCAUUUUAAUAGCCACAGUAGAAUCCAUAAUGGAGAAAAACCUUUUUGCUGUUCUCAAUGUGGCAAAAAAUUCUCUGAUAAAAGUUCUCUUCGGUAUCACACUCUAAUGCAUACUGGAGAGAAACCAUUUGUCUGUUCUGAAUGUGGCAAACGAUUCUCACACCCAAGUCAUCUUCAGAGGCAUACAAGAACACACACUGGAGAGAAACCUUAUUGCUGUUCUGAAUGUGGCAAACGAUUCUCAAUAACAAGCAAUCUACAGAGGCACACAAGAACCCACACUGGAGAGAAACCUCAUUGUUGUUCUGAAUGUGGCAAACGAUUCUCACUACUAAGCAAUCUUCAGAGGCACGCAAGAACCCACUCUGGAGAGGAGAAAAAGAAACAAUAGCAAAAUACCAAGAAAUGCUGUCUGAGAAAUGCCAAAUGUGUGACAUAAAAACAGAAAUAGUGCCUUUUCCAGGGUCAACGGGGCUAAUAAAGAGAAACUUUCAUGCCCAUCUUGACAUACUACCAGUUACAAUAACUCCUUAUGAACUGCAAGGAGAAGCCUUAUUAGGAACAAUGAAGGUCCUACAGUGAGCCUUCGUGGCAAACUUAUGAGACUGAGAAAUUAAUCAUUGCAAUUAGACUAUCCUGACUAAAGAGUGAGGUUCACUCCUAUUCUGAUAGUAAGUGCACCAAGAAAAUGUGGAAAAAUUAAGCCCAAGACAGAGAGAUGCCACAUUGCUGCUCCGAUUGUGGUAAAAGAUAUGCCAGUUUGUUUAAACAUACAAAAAUCCAAACUGGAGGGAAAACCUGAUUGUUGUUCUAAAUAUAAUAUACAAUUUUCAGUUUUAUGUGAGCUUCUUGGACACUAAAGACUUUACCCUGGAAAUAAGGAGGUCCUGAGGAGUCCUGACUAUUAUGAUCUUGAUGUGUAACUUCAGGUGGCCGACUCCAUUGUGUAAUCAAUCUAACCCUAAUGUUACUACUUUCUUACUAUUAUGAUAAACUAGGGGGCUCUGCUGCCUGCUCUCUUCGCUCGCCAACCCCCGUGCGGUCGCUACACACUUGCCUCUAUGCAGUUCUGCCGCUCGCGUGUGGGGAAGCGGAUAUACAAUUUAAACAGAUUGUUAUUUUCAUGGGAAUUGUUACAUAUGCAUAAUAGAACUAACUAUUUUACAUUACAGUGAGUAAUUAACUAUAGUAAAAAUAGUAAAACGUAAUAAAUUGCGUUCGAGGUAUUAGUUGUGUUAUACGUUUUCAUUCUGUUUGGCUUUGAAAUUAACAUGCAAAUACUUUUUAAACUUACACUUUUACUGUAAAACAUAAGUAUAAACAAUAUUUGGAAUUAACUUUUCUUCAAGAUGACAUUGAAUUUUGAUUCCGUGUUUGGACUUUCAUUGUGACAACGCAACAUGUAAC